AUGUAUACCCCUGGUAAAUUGGAUGCAGUGAUGGACUCGGACUUCGGCCUCGGUUUCCUGCCGAUACCAAAGCGUUCACUUUUUGCCGACGACAAACAGACGCUUAACGAAGACGACGAUUCUGGUUUAGGGAUGGAGUGUGCUGUAGAUUUGACAUCAGAUGAGGAUACCAGCUCGUCUAUGAUCGCUUCAUUGUUGGAAAGACCAUUCGCAUGCUUCUCUCCAAUGGAGAUUCAACGACCAAAGAAGAGAUCCGAAAGAAUGAUGGAACCGAUGGACGAAUCUGCACGAAAACGCCCGAGGUUUGCCGAACGUAGAAAGACCCUCCAGAAAUCGCUUUCAUUUGGCGAUAAACCUUUAGGAGAUCAAGAACUAGUCAAAGAUGUAGUGGGGCGAAUGGUAGAAGAGACCAACCUGAUUGGAGACGGAAGUCAGACAUGUAGCCUUCCCACAAUUCCCGGAAAACACCAGGAUCUGAAGAGCAUUACCAAUCAAACGGUUGUUGACGUAAUUUCCGGAAAGUAUGACGACACCAUCCGCAGCUUCCUCAUCGUGGACUGCAGAUACCCGUAUGAAUACAAUGGCGGCCAUGUUCCGGGCGCCAUUAACGCUCAUCGACCAGAAGACAUACCCUCCAUUCUGAGUCAACAUCAGAGCAUGCGCACUGCAGCCAGCGACAAGCGCCACAUCGUCAUCUUCUACUGCGAGUUUUCUUCUGAGCGAGGACCAAGGAUGUGUCGUAAUGUAAGGAAAGCUGACCGUGACCUGAACAAGGACAGCUACCCAUUCCUGAACUUUCCUGAGAUCUACGUCAUGCAUAACGGCUUCAAGGACUUCUAUGAGACACACCAGAACUUGUGCGAGCCCCAAGCUUACACGCCGAUGCUUCACAAAGACCAUUCUGACGAUCUACGUCACUUCCGGUCCAAGUCUAAGUCCUGGAGUGGAGGAUCCAAACGUCGUGUUUCCGGAUCGCGUCUCUUCUGAUCGGGAAAUGAUAAUAUUAUCUGAGGGCACUGUGAAAUGACAGAAU